AUGUUUAGUGAUACAAUACCUUCUUUAUUUAAAUUAGAGUGUCUUACCCUAACCAGUGAAAAUGCUGACAAAAACUUUUCAGAACUCAUUAAAUUGUAUAAAAAUAGAACUUAUUGCCUUCUUGGGACUUGCGCAUUCCGGCAUCAAGAUGGUGAAAUUGAAGAUGCUAGGAUUGUUACUGGGCUUCAUUUUUGCAAAAAUGAUAAUUGCAGUUGGAAACCAUGUGUUUAUUCAUUCGAUCUGAAUAAUAAAAAACAAGCAGAUAUUGGUCAAAAGCAUUUAGAAAUAUAUUGUGGCAUUAUUACUGAAAAUUCUCAUACUUUGACUGAACGUAAGGAAGUGGAAUGGGAAAUGUGGGAGAAGAGAGGCAAAAAUACAAUAUAUAAAGGCAAAAAAGAGUGGGACAAAUUUGCAGAAGUAGAUAAACAAAAAAUAAUAUUUGCUAGUCUUCUAUAUGAGAAAAAUAAUCGUACUAAUCAAUGUUCGCCUGUGUUUGUUAAUGUUAAUCCUAAGC